AAAUGAUGUUGCAAAUACAAAAUAUAAAAUUUAUGUUAUCAAAGAUGACAACAGCCUUGUUCUUAUUUCAAGAUCAACAAAUGAAUUGGAAGAUCAACAAAAAAUGGGAUGUGCUACAGUUUUGUUGGAAGACGUAAUUUCUAAAGCAAAAGGGUCCCCUAGUGAUGUAGUAAUUCAAGGAUUACAACUUUAUUGCGAAAUUAAACUUUUUUAUGUGAAUUCAUUCCAACUUCUACAAGAUAGAUAUACAAGAAUGUUAAAAGAUAAAACAUUUACUGAUUGUAUUUUUAAGGUUGGUGAUGUAAUUAUGAAAGCGCAUCGGUGUGUUUUGGUUCAAGGCAGUGUAGUAUUUAAAAUAAUGUUUGGAGGUGUAGGCAUGAUUGAAGCGAGAACUGGUGAAGUCACAAUCUCAGAUACUACUCCAGAAUGUUUUCGAGCAUUGUUAGAAUAUAUUUAUACUGGAAAAAUUGGAAAAGAUGUAUUGAAAAAUAAUGUUGAAGGUAUUUUUGCUAUUGCACACAAAUAUCAGGUGGAAAUGUUACAAUAUGAAUGUGAACGUUAUUUGACAACUUUGCUAAAUGCCGAAACAUUUUUGAAUUGUUGUAGCAUUAUUUCUUUAUAUGGUGCUACUACUUUGGAGAUUGCAUGUAAAGAAUAUUGUUUAAAGAACAAUGAAAUUUUUUUUGCUUCUAAAGAAUGGAAAGAUGUUAAAGAAACUUAUCCAGAAUUGGCUACUAAAUUUAUGGAUUUUUAUCUUUGUGAUGGAAUUUAUGGAGAUUAUUAUGAAGUAUCUUGUUCACCAAGUUACUGA